AUGUCUUCUGAAUCGGGAAAGCCUGUUGCUAAGCCUAUUCGGAAGCCUGGCUAUACUAAUCCGGCUUUUAAAGCCCUUGGUAUACCCGCCCUAAGGCUGCCUUCUCGAAACUGGAUGAUUUUCUGGUCUGUGUUAACGGUAUCCAUCGGUGGCAUAGCUUACGACAAAUACAAGCAACGCCAGAUCCUGAGCCAUGCAACAGACUUGGUGAAGCCCUUGGCGGAGGAGGUCAUGGAGGUAGAUAAAGUUCCACGGAAGAUCACCGUUUUUAUUGCACCUCCUCCAAACGAUUAUCUGGAGAGUUCAUUAAAGGUUUGGAGACGCUACGUUAAACCUGUACUGUAUUAUGCUGGAUUAGACUAUGAACUGGUUCAAGAGGACAGACAAGGGAUCAUUAGAACCAAUGUAGCGAACAGAAUCAGAGAAUUGAGAAAGGAGAUAUUGGCAUCGACGGAUGAGCAGCCAGUUAAGGAGCCUAAUCAAAUAAAAACUAUAGCAAAACCAAGCAGUUCUUCAACAAGUAAAUUUUCAUCACUGCUACCGUUUAGUAAAACUAUUUCGGAGUCUCCAGCAGAAGAUGAAUCAUUUGAUCCAGAAAUUGGUGAAAAGUUCAAAAAGAACUUCGAUUGGAGGAACGUUAUUGGUAUCUUCUAUACAAUGCCAAAACCGACGCAUAUAAUAAGUGAAGACGCCCUGACAAAGGACCCCAUACUAUCUGGUGGUGUUAUUUGUUUAGGUAGAGGUGCUUAUAAGGAGUAUAUUGCUGGUAUACAUGAAGGUUUACUCGGACCCAUUGAGAAGAUUGAAGAACCCGAAUCUGCUGAGCCUAAGAUAACUGGAGUUGAUGAAGCGAAAGAAAUGGAAUCUAAGACAAGCGAAUUUAGUGCUACGGAAUUGGUAGAUGCUGAUAAAGAGACUGGUUUGGAUGAGAAAACAGUACAAGAUGAUCUAAAGGUAGAUGAAGAAAACACCCCGGAGGAUUCGCAAAUCUAUACGAAGCCUUUUAUCACUUCGGACCAAUACCCUGAGCUGCAAAUUGCUUCGGAAUUACAAACUCCAGAUGGCGAGUUCAUAAGAAACCCCGAUACAAAUAUUCCGCUUCUAAUUAAUCAACCAUUAUUGGUCCUUCCAGUACCUAAUUUAAUAGGCUUUACUACUAUUCCGAGAAGAAUACAUCGUUUUUACCAAAAGCGUUUCUAUGUGGAGGACGUCUGUUCAAGUGUAGUUAACUGUGUUAGACAGACCCAUAUCAGACCGUUUGACAUUUCAAAAGAUAUUGAUUUGGCGAAGGAUGAAGAAAAAGAUUGGCCACAUAACUGGGUCAAACAAGGUAAAGAAAAGAACAGUGAAUGGACCCACGAAUUAGUAUGUGAUCCUAGAGUCACGAAGCAUAUGUUUGUUUAUGAGAAGCCAUCCAAGGAAGAGCCCGAAUCAAAUAUUUAA